CGGGCGCGUUGUGGGCCUGGUUUUUAGGUUUGGUUGCUGAGCCCGGCUGUUGGUGGCUCUCUGCAUGCUGACAAGGAAGAAACACGUGUGAACAAAAACCCAACGUCCACCCCAGUCUGAGAGAGUAAUUAUUAUCUGUUGUUUGCACAAUGUUGCGCUACUUUCAGAGUGCCAAUACACCCUGCUGUUUGAGGUGACUUAACUGCCGAUCAGAGGAGACCACACACAACCACACCUCUUCUACAAGCAGACUUCUCUACCGGAUGGUUUUGGAUACUAUGUGGAAGCGCAGAACUUUUUACUUUUGGCAUUUUUAAACGGGAUGGAUUUUGAGAACACAUAACUUGGAUAUACGUUUUGUAUUUUUGCUGUUGGGAUUUCCCCUCCCUCCCCCCUUAAGUGGAGUUCAUCAAGUUUGAAGGUUGCUUCUGGAAGGGAACUGACUUCGAGAACUAAAAUGGACCAAGCCAGCGGUGGGGAGGAUCCCAACAAGCCCUCUAAAAAGAAGUCCAGUGAGGAUGACGGUAAAAACAAAAAGCUGAACAUACACAUAAAAACACUGGCUGAUGAUAUGCGUGAUCGUAUAACAAGUUUCAGGAAAACUGGGACAAAGAAGGAGAAGCCUCUUAUUCAGCACCCAACUGAUCCCAUCUCUACCCAAGUCGAACUCCCUCAGCCACAGCCUUUCUUUGACGAGAGAUCCAUGAACCUCUCAGAAAAAGAAAUAGUUGACCUCUUUGAGAAGAUGAUGGAGGACAUGAACCUCAAUGAGGAUCGUAAAGCCCCUCUGCGUGGGAAGGAACUGAGCAUCAAACGUGAGAUGGUGGUCCAGUACAUCUCAGCCACUGCCAAAUCUAUAACUGGGAGCAAAGUUGGGGGUGGGCUACGUAACAGCAAGCAUGAGUGCACCCUUUCGUCCCAAGAAUACGUCCAUGAGCUGCGAUCUGGCAUCAUGGACGACAAGCUGCUCAACUGCCUGGAGUCCCUCAGAGUGUCUCUCACCAGUAACCCUGUCAGUUGGGUCAACAACUUUGGCCAUGAAGGUCUCGGCCUUCUUCUGGAAAAUCUGGAGAAGCUUCUGGACAAGAAGCAGCAAGAGAAUAUUGAUAAACGCAUCCAGCAUAAGCUAAUCCAGUGCUUAAAGGCUUUCAUGAACAACAAGUAUGGACUGCAAAGGAUCCUGGGAGACGAGCGGAGCUUGUUGCUGUUGGCAAGAGCAAUCGACCCCAAACAGACCAACAUGAUGACGGAGAUUGUCAAAAUUCUCUCAGCUAUCUGCAUUAUUGGCGAAGAAAACAUCCUCGAUAAGAUUCUGGCUGCCAUGACAAUUGCUGCAGAGAGGAACAAUAAAGAGAGAUUUGCUCCAAUUGUGGAGGGAAUGGAGAACCACGAGGCCCAGCAGCUCCAGGUUGCCUGUAUGCAGCUGAUCAACGCCCUGGUCACUUCGCCUGAUGACCUGGACUUCCGGAUACAUCUACGCAACGAGUUCCUGAGAUGCGGCUUAAAGAAGAUCCUUCCUGAGAUAAAAAAGACAGAGGAGCUGGACAUUCAGCUGAAGGUGUUCAAUGAGAACAAAGAUGAAGACGCCAUCGAACUCUCCCAUCGCCUGGACGACAUCCGUGCUGAGAUGGAUGAUAUGAAUGAAGUGUACCAUCUCCUGUCAAAUAUGGUGAAAGACACCGCCUCGGAGACCUACUUUCUGUCAAUCCUUCAGCACCUAUUGCUUAUCAGGAAUGACUAUUACAUCAGACCUCAGUACUACAAGGUGAUCGAGGAAUGCGUGUCUCAGGUGGUUCUGCAUCGCAGUGGGACGGACCCUGACUUUGGCUACAGUAAACGAUUGGAUGUGGACUUCACUCAGCUUAUUGAUCAGUGUGUGGAUAAAGCCAAAGUUGAAGAGAGUGAACAGAAGGCUGUAGAGUACUCCAAAAAGUUUGAUGAGGAGUUCAGCGCACGGCAGGAGGCCCAGGCCGAGUCCCAAAAAAAGGAGGAAAAGAUCAAGGAGCUGGAGUCAAAAAUCCAAACUCUGGAGACGCAGUUAACUAUAGAAAAUGACAGGCUCAAAGAGGCUCAGAGACUCAUCAGGGAAUCUGAAGCCAAGAUUGCUGCAGGCCCAGCUGCGCCUGGAGCACCACCUCCUCCACCGCUACCUGGAGGUGCAGCACCUCCACCUCCUCCUCCUCCUCCACCCCCGCCUGGUGGCUGUCCACCCCCUCCGCCUCCUCCUCUGCCUGGCCAUGCGUCUAUGCCCCCUCCACCUCCUCCACCCCCAGGGGGAGGACCUCCACCACCCCCACCGCCCCCAGGUUGUGGGGCCCCACCUCCUCCUCCGUUUGGGGGCUUUGGUGGUCCUCCUCCUCUUCCUGGGUUACCCGUUGUCAAGCUGCCUUAUGGACUGGAGCCAAAGAAGACUUACAAGCCUGAAACUGUGAUGAAGAGGGUCAACUGGUCCAAGAUAGUGCCUCAGGAAAUGGCAGAGAAUUGCUUCUGGAUCAAAGUCAAAGAAGAGAAGUUUGAAAACCCUGACCUAUUUGCUCAGCUCUCCCUGUGCUUCUCCUCACAGAGUAAAGUGAAAAAAGAUGUGAGUGAUGAGACUGAUGACAGAGUACCACAGUUCAAGAAGAAGGCAAAGGAACUUCGUAUCUUGGAUGCCAAGACGGCACAGAACCUCUCAAUUUUCUUGGGCUCGUUCCGCCUGCCUUAUGAAGAGAUCCGGGACAUUGUGUUGGAGGUAGACGAGGAAAGACUGAGUGAAUCACUCAUCCAGAACCUAAUAAAGAACUUGCCAGAGCAGAAAGAACUGAGUGCUCUAGCGGAACUAAAAGGUGAAUACGAGGAGCUUGUGGAGUCAGAGCAGUUCGGCAUUGUGAUGAGCUCAGUAAAGCUGCUGCGACCACGUCUCAAUGGCAUUUUGUUCAAGCUGACUUUCGAGGAGCAGGUGAACAACAUCCGACCAGACAUCAUGAAUGUGACGUUCGCCUGCGAGGAGGUGAAGAAGAGCGAAGGCUUCCGCAAACUCCUGGAGUUUGUGUUGCUGGUCGGCAAUUACAUGAAUGCUGGCUCAAGGAACGCACAGACGUUUGGUUUCAAUGUCAGCUUCCUGUGCAAGCUACGAGACACUAAAUCCAUCAGUCACAACACAACACUUCUCCAUUUCCUGGCUGAGAAGUGCGAAGAGAAUCACCCAGAGAUUUUGAAGUUUCCAGAUGAACUGGAGCAUGUGGAGAGUGCCAGCAAAGUGUCUGCUGAAAUUCUAAAGGGCAGUCUGACUACAAUGGAGAAGCAGAUUCAGCGCCUGGAGAACGAUAUCGAGAACUUCCCCAAAACGGACGACCUCCAAGAUAAGUUUGUGGAAAAGAUGUCCGGCUUCUCCAAACAUUCUCGGGAGCAGUACGAGAAGCUGUCCACCAUGCACAAGAACAUGCAGAAGCUGUACGAGAGCAUCGGCAGCUACUUCGCAUUCGACCCCCACUCAGUCAGCGUCGAGGAUUUCUUCGGAGAGUUGGCCAACUUCCGCUUCCUCUUCGUGGAAGCCGUGAAGGAGAACCACAAGAAGAGGGAGAUGGAGGAGAAGAUCAAGAGAGCCAAGCUGGCGAAGGAGAAAGCUGAGCGAGAGAAGCAGGAGCGUCAGCAGAAGAAGAAGCAGCUGAUUGACAUGAACAAAGAAGGGGAUGAAACUGGCGUGAUGGACAGUCUAAUGGAAGCUCUGCAGUCUGGAGCAGCUUUCCGUGAUCGGCGAAAACGAACACCACGAAAUGGUGAUCAAAGCCCUUCCAGUCCAGCCUCUCGGUGGCCGGGUGCUAACUAUGGUAACAGAACUCUAGACAACCGCCGUGCAGCCCUCGAAAGGUCUCGCUCACGCCACAACCCAAAUCACCAAGCUCGAUGAUUACCCGCGUCUACUACAAGACCCUAGAUAAGUGCCAAAGAGGCCUGUGAUGAUGAGGAGGAGGAGGAGAAGACGAGGAAGACAUCAGGAGGGAUAGACCACCUCCCUCACUGUGGCUUACCCAGCACCAAGUAUAGAAAACUGCCUACAGAAUGGAAUAACCAGACAUUUAUAGUCUUUAUUGGACACUCUACAUAUUUAUUGUAUGCUUUUUUUUUUAUUGCUUAAAGAUUUAUUUUGCUUUUGGAACUGAAACAUUUUAAAAAGCUGUUCAUUUCCAGGUUUAAACCUAUAUUUUAAUCCAAAUGCUUCAAUUAACUCACAGUUUUGACAGGAGAAACAUAACAGUAUGCUGCAGAGAGACAUUCAGCCAAGAUGGACUUCUGAAAACUGCAUGCUUGUGUGGAGGAACAUGGACAGCUGUCCUUUAAAUGGAAACUACAAGACUUAAAGGAAGAGAGGACAGAGUAAUAUUAUCACAUUUAAGGUCCUUUGUUCAGAAAUAAUCACGUCUUCACACUCCAACAAAGCCACAGGAGGUGGCGGCUGUCUGCACCAACACAGAGCACGUGACUCACUGACAUUCAAACUGCAAGACAUUUUAGUUGAUUUAAUGUUGUGUUGUGUAAUCUCACUUUCACCCUUCCGGUGACGAUUUGUGUCCCGAGGUUAGUUUUGCUGUUACCAUUAGAGGCUGACAUUUUUAAAUGCAUCCAGGUUUCUGUCAGGGACAAAACAUGAACACUCAGACCUCUCGUUAGGUCACACAGGGUUUCAACACGGCACGCCUCAAUGUUUAAAAGGUAUUAUAUGUUUAUGGCACUUUUCCAACAACAAGGCAAAAAAACAGCUGGAGUAUAGGGGGAAAAAGUUUUGAAAAUUGAGAUGCUAAACUAUGACUGCUCCCUUAGAUACUAAACUAUACUCCUGUAGAAUGCACUUCUAAUCUUAUGUGAGCACCAGAACAACAAUCUUCACACUGGAAGAAACCAGCCAGUUUCGGUAACUCUGAGGUGUUUGAAAAUGAAGUUACAAAACAUGGAAGAAAUUUAAAAAAAUAAAAUGUAGUUGUUUUUUUUUUGUUUUGUUUUUUUGUGUUACAUUUCUAAUAAAUGGCUUGUACUUGUAUACCGCUGUAUCAAGUCUAGAGGCUCAAAUCGCUUCACACUACAGUCAGUCAUUCACCCGUUCACACACACUGAUGGCGGCAAGCUACUGGAUAGUAGCCACAUCUGCCCACAGGCUGAGGGUUGCCGAGGAUUGAAUACAGAUUGUGGGACGAACUCCUACCACCAUCAUCACCAUCAUCCACACCAAAUGAUCAUGACAGAACGGCCCCUCUAGAGUUAAGGCUCCCACAUACUCGGCCAUACUGUCAACAAGCAUCAUGUGUAACAAUUUCCUUAAUUUCCCAACAGUUUUUGUUUAGUGAAGGUCUUCAUAUUCCCUCAUUAAUUCAACAUACUAGACUUAUCUCUUCUGUCGGACACUCUUCAUAUUCUGACUCAACUUUGUCCCCAAGUUGACAUCGUCUUCCAACCUCAUCAGCUCACCGUCACAUUUAAAACCGUUCGAUGUGAACGAACUCUGUGCGACAGGAAGUACACACAAGUAUGUGGGAGCCUUCAUCAUUAAUCUAUAAUCAUAGCAUCCAUAAUUUGACUUUAUGGAUUUAUUUUCUAAUUUUGUAUGAUGUAAAAACGAUGUCAUGACCAAACUCAACCCUGAGUAAAUGCUGCCUCCGUGAUCCACACCGCCUUUUUUUGUUUUCACCACAUACAUCACAGGCCAGUUAUGAUUACAGUAAUAUCCUGGGUAAUUUGUAUUUUCAAAACACAUAAUAUAACCUAACUAUAAUUUUUUGUGUAAUUUCUUAAGGAUAGAAAACAUUUCUGUGUGUAGGGCAUCAAACUGUGCUCCAACACAACGAUCAAUGUCUUCUUUAAUCAUUUAUUGCAGCUAUUUAACUCUUCUAAGAGUGGAUUUAUUUCUUAUAAAAUAAUGGCCACACUCUGGAGAAUUUCCCUUUUUUUGUGUUUUUUUGAAACGCUAGGGAUGUUUCUGAGAAAUAGUUUAAUGUUAAGACAGUUUCCUUUCUAUCUCUCAAACAGAAAUGAGAAUAGGCAGGUUUCCAGAAAUCAAUCGGUGUACGGAUACUUCUGCUGGAUCGCCGGCACCGUUUGAGCUUUCCUCUUAUGAGAGACUGUGGGUUCAUUCCUUUGCAAGGACCUACUUUCAUAUUUCAAUGUAAACUGUUUAUUCAUAUAUUCAUGCUAAGGGCGGCUCUGUCCCCCUCACUUCACUAGACUGUAAGCAGAUGCUACUAAAAACAACCAUUAAAUCCACACGGAGACAGGGCAUGACCAGAAUUACAGACGGAGGGCCACAGCAGGCCGGGUGAUGCUUGUCUUAGCGAGCGAGUCUCCAACUGCCUUCCGGUUAUUGAGCACUAAUGACAUAAGUGACCCUUUUACCAUGACACAAGUUACUUUAGCAACAGCAUAACUUUGCUUUGGGCUUCGUGUGUCUGCGCGCCCCAUGCCACCUCAGUAAUCCGAACAGGAACCCGGGGAAAAUGGGAUGCAGUGGUCUCGACUUCUGGGCUGAAUAGAGGGAGGUUUUUCAUUUAAACAAUCUGCCAGUGCUGCUUGUGAUGCGUCUGUUUCACGGAGCCUCCCCUCCCUCUGCCCGCGCGCAUCUAAAAAAUGCAAUUUUACACAUCAUCUCGGCUCGAGGUGCGCCCACAACGCUCCGCGAAGUCUGCAUAUUUAAGAAGACAAUAACUCUGAGCUGAAUAUCAGGUUGGAGCCGUCACAGAGCAAAAGCGUUGAGAAUGAGUUUUCUGGAUAAGGGACUCUGCGGUGGCGGCAGUUUUGAGGACGUGUUGUACACAGCAGUGAUAGAGAUGCGCUGUCAAAAGAAGUGAUUUCCUCUCUGUAAUCGCUUCUCACUGUUUGCUCCUUGCAACACCACACCUGGGCAAUUUUAAGCUUCAAAUAAGACCUGGUUUUGUUUUUUUAGAUCAGUCCUCCAGCAACACAGAUCUGCCAUGAUAUUGGAUGUUUAUCUGCAAAAACACGCAGGUUUUUGCAUUUUGAUUAUUCAGUUUGGCUCAAAAACUUAUUUAACCCUGAAAGUUCUUUUCAAUUAGCCUUUAAGCUGUACAGAUAUCUUAAAAAGUCUUAUUUUGGUCAAUAUUGAUGACCAGUUUUUAAGGUAGAUUUGUUGUGAUUUUAAGUUAUGUAUUUAUCAUCUAAAAAACAUUUUUAAACAAGUAGAGUAAUUAAUAGUUAUUGUAAUAGUUUCCUGCAAACAAAAACAGCUUCACAAACCGAAAGCUGAGAAAAUUUGACAUCCUGCAGGAAAAAAAACGAUUCUAAACGUCAAAUUAAGAGAUUCCUACAAGAAAACAUCCCUCAUCGUAGCUGUGAUUGUUGUCUCCUCACCCCAUCGUGUUUUAAUAGAAAGUAAUAGCUGGAGCCUUUCAGGUUGACAAGCCUGAACUGAUCCAUUAUAGUCGUGUGAAAAUCAGCCAAUCAUACCUUCAUCUUUGUGCUUGUUACUAACAAACCUCAGCUGAUGAUGAUAACCUUUGGGUAUUUAUGACACCAGAGAUGUUUCACAUUUAAAACCACAAACUUCAGAGCAUUUCAUUGGAAUUGUUACUUUUUAAAAAAAUAGACAAAUUAAAAAAACUGUGAUACAGUAAGAACAAAAUUUACACAUAAAAUAAUAUAAUGUUUUCAAAAAUAAUCCGAUCCAAAGAUUCUAACAAAAGGAAUAUGUGCAAUUGGCUAAAUGAAGAUAAAACUGUGCAAAUACCGGAAGGGACGUUUCCUCAGGUUACACCAUCUCAAAUUUAGAACCUUUUAAAGACAAAACAUGAAUUAAAUCACGACAGAAACGGUCAAAAGACGAUAAAUUUGUAAAUAACCUUGAUAGCCAGCAGGUAUCAAGGUUAAAUUAGCAGAGCUAGUUAGCGUUAGCUUCAACUACCUCGAGUCACAAAACGCAGUGAAGAUGUUUAUGAUUCAAACUUUAGCCUGACAGAAAAAAGUACCGCUUGAAAAAAUAAUAUACGAUUAAAUAGUCCUGCCAUGAUAAAGACCUGUAAUUAACAUAUUUAAAGUAAACUUGUUUUUUUUAAAUUAUUUAUUUAUUUACAACAUUUUAAGACCUUGAAUUUAAGACUUUUUAAGGAUGCCCUGCUUUUGGUAGCAGUGACUGGUGUAGAAGGAAGGAUCUGUAAUAAUGCUAAUUAGUGUUGUAUUUAGGGAAACGCUUUUAAAUACAAUUGAUUGCAAAAAAUUGCCUUCAAAUAUAUAACGCACCAAAUAGGUGGCAGCAUCAUGCUGUGGAGAUGCUUUUCUUCUAAGGAAAAUACAUGAGAUGCUACAAAAGAGUUGAAACUGUGAUUUAAAUCCAUAUAUCAACUUUCAUAAAUACACACUAGUAUGUUAUAUUGGCUUAUCACAUAAAAUCCUAAUUAAAUGCAACAAAGUUUGUGGUUUUAAUGUGAUGAAUUGUGAAUAAAUUCAAGGGGAAUAAACAGUUUUACAAGCCACUGAGUGCUGAUGGUUCUCAUACUGGUGAGGAGGCAGGGGUAUGAAGUGCGAAGGUUACUUUAAGGCUCCUAAUCACUCACUGACUUUACAAGAUAUUCUGCGCAGACAAAGAAAAGAUUUGUUCCAAGAUUUGUAAAGGCAACAUUGCUGCUAACAGAGUGAACUAUUUGCUAAGCAUCUCUUCUGGUAAACAGUUACCAGCUGCCACAUAUCCACUUCUAUCCACUUCUUCCCACUUUGAUAGACUUUGCUGGUGAUUUGAUGAAGUUCAGCUGUGGCUGAAUCAACAAGCAAAGCUUAUUUUUGUUGACUAACCCUGUUUGACCAUGAUGCGUAAGCUGCCAUAUCCCUGCCUACCUUCCUUUUAUUUGUCACCGAGUAUGUUUUAUUGUCUUAAGAAACAUUUAUAUUUUUAACAUUUUGAGGUUAUUUGUAUGCUUAGAUCUUGGGGGAAAACAAAAUGGUUAUGAAGACUGUCCUUCCAUGGAAUAUGUAAUGGAGAAUGGUACAAAUUAAUAACCACUUUGUUAUUAAAACUGAUUUCUGAAAA